GUGGGGUAGCAGCACAUCGGAAUCAAUGUACGUACCCAGGUACCUCCGUCUUUGGAUCGGCAAAAGAUUUUGGGGCCGAGGGUCCCCAUCCCUAACCGUACCGCUCAGGAGCAGUCCGUCGCCGCUCGCUCGACUUCUGCCCCGUUGAACCUCUGGCAACUCGGUUUCCCCAAUCGCGCAUGUAGCUUGAGGUUGCGCGUCGACAAAACAACAGGCUAGAUGUCGUUGAGGACCCUUGUGGGGAGAGUGGGAUCAGCAGCUGCCAUUGCUGCUUCUCCGUGCCGGAGAGCUGGUCUGACGAUGCCGUUGAGAGCUAAGAUGCUAGCCCCUCUAGCGGCGCCGAGGGCACAAAUGUCUACGAACGGCGUCCAAGGGGUCCCAAAGGAGCUGCCGACGGAUGAACCGCGUGAUGUCGUUUUCAGCAACUUAUACGGGCUGCGGACCAUCGAGCUGAACCGCCCCCUAAAGUACAACGCUCUUAACGGCUCCAUGAUCCGCAAGAUAUUCCCGCGCUUAGUCGAGUGGGAGAAGUCAGACUUGGCAAAUGUCAUCGUCAUCAAGGGCGCCGGCGACAAGGCAUUCUGCGCAGGGGGCGACGUGGACGUACUCGCCGACCAAAACCUCCUGGGCCCCGACGGCCAGCGCCAGUCGGUAGAUUACUUCGCCCUAGAAUACCAACUGGAUCACUACAUUGCGACCUAUCAGAAGCCGUAUAUCGCAUUUAUGGAUGGCUACACCCUGGGUGGUGGCGUAGGACUCAGCAUGCACGCCCCGUUCCGAAUCGCCACCGAGAGGACGAUCUUCGCGAUGCCCGAGACCACCAUCGGUUUCUUCCCUGACGUCGGCGCUUCCUUCUUCCUGCCGCGGAUGGCCGGCGCUAUCGGCACCUACCUGGCUCUGACGAGUGAGCGGGUGAGAGGCGUAAACGUGUUCUACUCGGGUAUCGCUACGCAUUACCUGCAUUCGACAAGCUUACCUGGCUUGGAGUCGCGGCUGGCCGAAUUGCGUUUCAAGGACUACGAUAGUAUGGAGGAACGCCUAGCUAUCAUCGAAACGACUAUCGAAGAAUACGCGACCGGCCUACCGCACGGAGAGCCGUUGCUUCUGGGAGGCCAGCUCCGGGACGCCAUCGACCGGUGCUUUGGUCGGAAUUCCGUGGAAGAAAUCAUAGCCGCGCUCGAGCAAGAGGGGGAGCCUACUAAGGAUUGGGCACAGAAGACGCUAGAGACCCUCCACAAACGGUCGCCAACUUCGGUCCACGUGGCCCUCAGGCAAAUGAAGGAGGGACGCAGGUGGACUAUCGCGGAAACUUUCUCGCGCGAGUAUCAAAUAGCUGCCAAAUUCAUGGCGCACCCCGACUUUGUCCAAGGCGUGCAGGCGCAACUUUCGAAGGAAGACCCCAAGCCGACGCCGAAAUGGGAGCCGGCUUCCCUGGAAGCUAUCGUACCAGGUAGCGAUAUCGCGGGCCCGUUCUUCCAAAGGACCCCGGACUUGGAACUGAAGCUAGUGACGGACCGGGACUAUCCCGACUAUCCUUACCAGUCCUUCGGCGUGCCUACGGAGUUGGAUGUGGAGAUGGUGGUGAGGGUAGGCGGACGGACUCGCAAGGAGGUGCGCCAACAUUUCAACAAGCUGAAACAAGGCAGGCAAGGCAUCAGCGUCAUCGUGGAUGAGAUCCUGGCGCGCAAAACUUGGGUGGACGAGGCAGGCAAGGCGGUGUGGAACGAUAGUAAUCCGUGAUAGGUCACGAGGAUGCGCUUGGUGUUUGUGUAUACCUAGUUAGUAGGUGGUUAUAAAUAGGCAGCAGAGAGAAGGCCAGCACCAGGCCGGAAUGAAUUGUCAAAAUCGGAAUGAUGAGCUUGGGUAAUAAACUCGUUGCCGUCACGCGGUGCGAAUAUACCUCCACGUGCACAUUACCCAGG